UCUCAAAAUAGUUUCUUUCAGUUCGCGACGAAGUGAGCAACAUGUACUGUCUAAGAUUGAUAUUCCUAUUGGGCUGUCUUUGGAUUAGUUCGUCCGCCAGUGAUCCAGCUGAUCCGCUGUUAGUGGAACUCCCCAAUGGCAAGCUACGCGGACGCGAUAAGGGCAAUUACUAUAGCUACGAGUCAAUCCCCUAUGCUGAGCCCCCGACCGGAGAACUCAGAUUUGAAGCUCCGCAACCGUACAAGCAACAGUGGACGGACACUUUCGAUGCCACCCAAGAACCAGCACUGUGCAUGCAGUGGGACCAGUUCAUCGGGGGAUACAACAAGCUCUCUGGAGUUGAGGACUGUCUGACGGUCAGCGUUUAUAGGCCGAAGAAUAUCAGUCGGAAUAGCUAUCCCGUUGUGGCCUAUAUACAUGGCGGCGCCUUCAUGUUCGGCGGAGCCGCUCAAAACGGCCAUGAGAACUUUAUGCGCGAGGGAAAUCUCAUUCUCGUGAAGAUAAGCUACCGCCUUGGGCCGUUGGGAUUUGCCAGCACUGGUGAUGCCAGUCUGGCCGGAAACUUUGGAUUGAAGGAUCAGCGCCUGGCUCUGCUCUGGAUCAAGCAGAACAUAGCCAGCUUCGGGGGCGAGCCAGAGAACAUUCUAGUGAUAGGUCACUCCGCAGGCGGUGCUUCCGUUCAUCUGCAGAUGCUGCGUGAGGACUUCAGCCAGGUGGCCAAGGCAGCAAUCUCAUUCAGUGGCAAUGCUCUGGACCCCUGGGUGGUUCAGCAAGGAGGCCGUGGACGGGCCUUUGAGCUGGGCCGCAUUGUGGGCUGUGGACAGGCAAGGGACUCUGUGACUCUCAAGAAGUGUCUAAAAUCUAAACCCGCGAGUGAAAUUGUCUCGGCUGUUCGUAGCUUCCUCGUGUUUUCAUAUGUUCCAUUCACGCCUUUCGGUCCCGUUGUGGAGUCGCCAGAUGCCCCAGAGGCCUUCAUUACCCAACAUCCUAUCGAUAUUAUUAAGAGCGGGAAGUUUGCACACGUCCCUUGGGCUGUGACCUAUACCUCAGAGGAUGGGGGCUACAACGCCGCCCUGCUGCUGGAAAAACAGGCGUCCACUGGUCGGGAAUUGAUUGUGGAUCUCAAUGAUCGAUGGUUUGACUGGGCUCCGUAUUUGUUGUUCUAUCGUGACUCAAUGACAACCAUCAAGGAUAUGGAUGAUUACUCCUGUAAGCUGAGGCAGGAGUAUCUGGGAGAUCGGCGAUUCAGUGUGGAAAGCUAUUGGGACCUGCAACGGAUUUUUACUGACGUUCUUUUUAAAAAUAGCACGGAGCUUUCAUUGGAUCUUCAUCGAAAACACGGAAAGAGUCCAGCUUAUGCAUUUGUCUACGACAAUCCCGCCAACACGGGAAUCGGCCAAGCACUGGCAAAGCGCACUGACAUUAAUUUUGGAACGGUGCAUGGUGAUGACUAUUUCCUGAUGUUCGAAAAUAUGGCUCGAGAGCCCCAGUUGCGAUCAGAUGAGGAAAUAAUUUCACGGAAUUUCCUACAGAUGCUGAAUGACUUUGUACGCAGCGACAAUGGCACUCUUGCAUUUGGAAGUUGCGUCUUUCGGAAUAAUGUCGGCAGCAACCAACUUCAACUGCUUUCCAUAACCCGAAACGGGUGCGAAAACCUGGAAGUUGAGAGCUUUCCGUAAUUCCAAUCGGACAAUUAUAUACAAUUAUUUUAAAAAUAAAUUACGGAUGACUCUCGAUAGACAUACAUACAUUUACAGAAAUUUAAUAA